AUGUCUUCCUCAAAAGUUGCUGUGUUGAGUCAAAAUGCUCCGGCUCCUAGCCCUCUAAUGUCCCAAGGCAUCAUUUGCAAUGGGAUGAUUUACUGUUCUGGAAGUCUCGGUCUUGACCCGAAGACAGGAAAGUUUGUCAGUGGCGACGCCGCUGACCGAACAGUUCAAGCCCUUCAAAACCUCGAGCAGGUCCUUAUUGCUGGUGGCAGUGACCUGAGUAAGGUUGUCAAAGUUACCAUUUUCAUUUCCAGCAUGGAUCACUAUCCAAAGGUGAAUGAGGGAUAUGCGAAGGUGUUCACUCAUGACGUGAAGCCGUGUCGCACAUGUGUUGGAGUUGCUAGCCUUCCUUUGGAUGCUGAGGUCGAGAUUGAGGUCAUUGCGUCGCUCUAG